GCAGCUGACAUCAUAUCCACAGUUGAGUUCAACAAUACUGGGGAGCUCCUGGCCACGGGGGACAAAGGUGGACGUGUGGUGGUGUUCCAGAGAGAGCAGGAGAGUAAGAACCAGCCUCAUCGGAGGGGGGGAGUACAAUGUUUACAGCACCUUUCAGAGCCACGAGCCUGAGUUCGACUACCUGAAGAGCCUGGAGAUCGAGGAGAAGAUCAACAAGAUCCGCUGGCUGCCUCAACAGAAUGCCGCCUAUUUCCUCCUCUCCACCAAUGAUAGACUGUGAAGCUGUGGAAGAAUCAGCGAGAGGGACAAAGAGACCCGAGGGCUACAACCUGAAGGACGAGGAUGGCCGGAUCCGGGACCCCCAACACAUUACGUCUCUGCGGGUCCCCGUGUUGCGGCCCAUGGACCUGAUGGUGGAGGCUACUCCACGGCGGGUGUUCUCAAACGCACACACCUACCACAUCAACUCCAUCUCCAUCAACAGCGACUAUGAGACCUACAUGUCCACAGACGAUCUGCGGAUCAACCUGUGGAACCUGGAGAUCACCAACAGGAGUUUCAACAUUGUGGACAUCAAGCCGACCAACAUGGAGGAGCUGACGGAGGUGAUCACUGCGGCCGAGUUCCACCCUAACCAGUGCAACACGUUCGUCUACAGCAGCAGCAAAGGCUCCAUCCGCCUAUGUGACAUGAGGGCUGCUGCGCUGUGUGACAACCACUCCAAAUUCUUUGAGGAACCAGAGGACCCCAGCAACAGGUCUUUCUUCUCCGAGAUCAUCUCCUCCAUCUCGGAUGUGAAGUUCAGCCACAGUGGCCGGUACCUAAUGACACGGGACUACCUCACCGUCAAGGUGUGGGACCUCAACAUGGAGAGCAAACCCCUGGAGACUUACCAGGUGCAUGACUAUCUAAGAAGUAAACUCUGCUCUCUGUAUGAGAAUGACUGCAUCUUCGACAAAUUUGAAUGUGUCUGGAAUGGAUCGGACAGCGUGAUCAUGACCGGCUCGUACAACAACUUCUUCCGCAUGUUCGACCGCAACACCAAGCGCGACGUGACGCUGGAGGCCUCGCGCGAGAACAGCAAGCCGCGGGCCAUCCUGAAGCCGCGCAAGGUGUGUGUGGGCGGCAAGCGGCGUAAGGACGAGAUCAGCGUGGACAGCCUGGACUUCAGCAAGAAGAUCCUGCACACCGCUUGGCACCCGUCCGAGAACAUCAUCGCCGUGGCCGCCACCAACAACCUCUACAUCUUUCAGGAUAAGGUCAACUAGAAAGCUCCUCCCCAUCAUCCCCUCGUCCACCAACCUAGCUUCAGAGGCCAUCGUACCUUCUCACUCGUUUCUCUCUUUCUCUCUCUCUAUCUCCUGCUCUAUCUCUCUUAUGGCUUCUCGCGUUGACCUCCUGGGAUAGCUAAGAUUGACAGGUGUCAGUCGUUCCUGAAUGAGUAGAGGGAAGAAAAGACUUGGGGAACAGGGGAAUGGUGGGGGGUGGGGGUGUGGCUGGUUUGCCAGCUUGUGCUGCAUUGUGUAAAUGUAAAGGGGUGGACACUGUCAUCCCCCCUUCAAACAAAAAAAAGGAAAAAGAAAAAAAGAAAAACAAACAAAAAAGUAAACAAAAAGACUGGGACUACCAUGGCUGUUGCCUCUAUUACUUUCUUCCUCUUUUUGUUUUGUUUUAAUUUUUUUUUUGUCCUCCGUUUUUGGUUUCAAAUGUACCCCUAGCCCUUCCCUUUCCCAGCUGUAGGUUUGGGGCUGGACAUGAGUUGCAACGAGAUGAUACCGGUUACCUUCACAGUUCCUGCGAUUAGAAAACUGGACUCGUUUGACAGGAUCAGGCUAAGCUUGACGGCUUGACCUGCAGACGUCACGAAACUCAACUUGAAGUGAAUGUGGCGACCAAUGGAGCGAGUGGAAUGCAUUUUAUUUUUUUUUUAAGUUCCAAUCUGAUUUGAAUUGUCGCUGCAAAAGCUGGUUUGAGAGCUUGAUGUGUCCAAGACCCCCUCAGACCCCCCCCCCUCCUCCCUGUGAAGCUGUUUAUUAUUUAUUAUUUAAUUUAUUAUUCUCUCAACUCUGUGGAGGUGUAUGUGUUGUACAAGCACCUGCAAAGGGUUGGGAUAUGCUACGUGAUAGGAUUGAUUUGAGAGAAAACAAAAACAAACAAAAAAAAUGUAGCAAUGAUCUGCUUUUGUUCUAUAAUUUUUCUAAAGAAA